AUGAAUGAAAGGAUACUGAAGACUAUUUGGAAGUGUGAGUCAUCAUGUCUAUUAAGCAAAAAUAAUUUUAACGCAAGUUUUGUUUCCACAUUUAAAAUAUCACGAUGUAGCACUUUACUUCUGGAGGGGAGAAAGAAGUUGGUGGCACUUGGCGGUGCGAAUCAGCACGUCGUAGUGGGCAGGAGUAAGGAAAGGAAUUAUCCUCAUCGGGCGAAGAAUCAACUUUUGGAAGAUGGAGCAGAGGGUGUCUGCACGGGGGGUGAACACAAUAAUAGGGGAAUAUGCAGUGGUGAAGGCCCGCCGUUACAAGGGACACACUACACCUUCCGCUUUGACAAGGGGGUCCAAAAGCUGCAUGUUGGGCGGAACAGAGACUCCUGGAAGAAACCGCCCGUGAGUUCGUAUUCAACGGUGAGAGGGAGCAAAGAUGAACGUGAGGGAGGACAACCAGGAAAAAAGGAUACUGAUGCGGGUGCGGUGGAGCAUGCAAGUAGUGAGUCACUCGAGAAGGACGAACCGGUAACCCCCACGUGUAAGAACAUGCCACAUGUUGAAAAAGACAACCAGUUCAAUUGCAAACGGGUGGAUGGUAAUGGCGAUACGCUGCAGAACGAAAGGGGAGAGCCACCGUCGGAAGAUGAUAGCAUCGAUUUGCAGAGGGGUGACUCCCACAGUAGUAGUAACGACGGAAAAGACGAACUAACCGAGAGGCUAAAAAAAAAAAACGAACUAAAAAAAGUGUUAAACAUAAUAUUUUGCUCAUCCAUUCCCAUGAUCGGAUUCGGGUUCAUGGAUCAGUUUAUAAUGAUCCGUUUGGGAGAUAUUUUCGAUGCAUCCAUCGGAGUGUCCUUCGGAAUAUCGACCCUGUGUGCAGCUUCCUUUGGCCAACUCUGCAGUGACACGUUUGGAAUAUUCUUCGGCUACGUCUUAAAUUAUUUAUUACAAACUUAUAAAGUUAUCCAGCCAGCCAAAUAUGACGUAAAAAAUAAAGUGUACCAGCAUUGCACCUUAGUGGGAUCCGUCUUAGGGAUUCUACUAGGUUGUGCUCUUGGUAUGUUACAACUCAUUUUUAUCGACACAACGAAGAGUGAAAGAUUGAAAAAAAAAAAAGAAUUAGAUUUUAUAUUUCAAAUGGUCAUGUGUGAUUGUUCCAAUAUUUUAAACUGCGAAACGUCUACACUCUUUCUGUACGAUAAAGCCAAAAACGAAUUAUGGAGCAAAGCCAUACAUGGAAGAAAAAAUAUCAUAAAAAUAUCAGCCAAUAGUAAUGAAAAAAGUUUCAACCUAUGGGUUCUUCGAAACAAAGAAAUAAUUAACUGCAAGGAUGUCGUAAAUAAUGAAUUGUAUAAUCCUGCACAUGAUGAAAAAUUUAAUUUCAAAACGAGGACCAUUUUAGCGGCACCCAUUUUAGAUCGAAAUAAUGAGGUUGUCGGUGUCCUUAUGUUCCUUAACAAGCUAAGAUCCCAUGGUGGAUACUUUACCCGGAAUGAUGAAAAGCUAGCCGAAAUGAUGAGCAAACAUAUUUCCAUUUUUAUGGAAAAAUUCAAUUAUAUCAGUGAGGGGGAUAAAAAAAUGAUCAUCUUCGAUAAGGAAAAGAACGCAUCCCGCGAGGGGGAGGAGGAAGAAGAAGAGACAGAAGAGGAAGAGGAGGAAAAUGACCCACCUGUACCCAACAACAGUUUGAACCAUAACCAAGCGGAAGGUGAAUUAACGGGGGAACACACACAUGAGGGGAAUAAACCGCAAAGCAAACAACAUGCAGUUAAAGAACGGAAAAGAAAAAGAACCCCCAAAAAAAUUUUACCAUAUCAAAUUUCGCAAAUAGAGGAAGAUGAUAAAAUAUUCGACGAAGGAAGCGAAAAUGACAACAUGAAGCAGUUUGGUGAGUACUAUGAUGGGAAGACGGAGGAUGAAGAAGAGGAGGACGACGUUUAUGACGAUGAUGAGGAAGAUGACGAUGAAGAGGAGGAAGACGCGGAGGUGGAAAACCUCGCGCAGAAAGGGGAAGAAGAAGCAUGUAAAGCAACCCAGCCUAGUACGGGGCCCAUCGAAAAGGAGCAGACUGACCAAUUGGAGGAGAAGCCCCUCGAAAUAAUAAACCUCUUGCCCAUUUCAAAAAUGGAGGAGAAGAGAAAUGAACAACCAGUUAACCAUUUCCUAGUGGAAGAUCAUUUUAACGAUGGAAAGGAUCAUCUUACUGAGGGGAAAAAUAUCUCCAAGGAGUGGCAAACAAACCCAGUGGACUGCAAAGUCGAAAUGAUUAACCGGGGGGAAGACCAAGGUGAACCGCAUAAAUUCACCAUUUUGAACAUAGACAAGAAGGUAACAGAUCACGCGCAAAAGAAGGGCCCCUCUUUGUUUGGUAAUUUCAACUCAGGGGGAGCUACCCCUGUGACGUCCCAUCCGCACACUGUUCCAGGAAGGACUACUAGUGAGAACCUCCCCGGUGAGAAUAACAGGAACAGUGUUGCCAAUCAGUACCUACGCACCGACCGAAGCAACGAAGGAGAAAAGGAAUCCACCCAUUUUGACACAUUGUCUGUUGUCCCCAAUGUGGAAAACAUUUUUAAAAGUCACAAAAAGGGCAACUAUAAUUUUUACGAAAAAAAUCCUGAGGAAAAUGUUAAUUUGGGGAGCAAGUGGAAGAAGCUUAGUAGAGCUUCCUUAAGCACCAUGUUGAGUGAUGGUGUUUCUGAAGAGGGAGCCGCCACCCCUAGUUGGGCAAAUUCGGAAGUUAACUACCCCCAUGUGGGGGGCGCAGAUCAUUACGGUAAGGACGGUGCAUCUGCUUACAACGGGGGAGUUGCUCCAGAUUACACCUACUACUACGACAUCGAGCACACGAGCGAUUACGGAAACCUAUACGUGAAGGACUUCCCCCAUGGGGUGGCUACGAACGCUGCGUUCGAGAAUGAGCGAAAGAAGGAACAAAACGACUCCAUCGAAAGUUACCACCGUGGGUAUAACAGCGCCAUUCUGAGCGAGACCCUGUGUAGGAACUCGUCCCUCUCUGUGGCAAGCGGAAUUAAGGAAGAGUCUUUCAAAAGACACAAGCAGAAUUACGUGCACGCCAAGGGGGUCUUACUAAAAAAAGCAGCUCUUCUGGAGGGAACGGGAAAGAUGUACAGCUCCAGUGCAUACAACUCAGAAAAGUACUUUUCACACAUCCACUUUGCGAAAAUAUUUAAUAUGGUCUCUGAAAAAAAAAUGAAUAUAAAAAAUUUCAAAAUUUUAAAAAAUAUUUACAAGUACAAUUUAAGCAAAAUUUUCACUAAUCAUUACAAGUAUAUAAUUGUGAAGAAGAAAAAAAAAUUACGAAAGUUUUGUUACACACUUAAACAUUUUGAUAUUUACAAAGUGGACCAUUUCUGGUUUAAUAUAUAUUGCCAAAAUGAGUUGAAAAAAAUAUUCUUCCGAAAUUUACACUACAUAAUAGACUUACAUAAUACACGCAUAGUAGAUUUUAAGCUCAUAAACAAUUAUAUCCUUCAUAAGAUUUACGAAAAUACCACUGUCAGCCGUCUCGCACCAAGCACAUGCUACAACAUUAAAAUAAUUGAUUUUUUUUUUAAGGAAAAUUUGUACCUUUUAAAUAAAAGCACCAUGAAUGAUAUUAUUUACAAGUAUAUAAUUUUUUACUACUGCAGAAAGAAAUUGAGGAAAAAAAACUUUAACUAUUACAAUUAUCAGGACAUGUACAUUGCGGAGAAUUUUUUCGGUCAAAAUACGCACACGAAGAAGGUCCCCAAAAUUCUGGAUGCAGAUCUCGGGAAGAAGAGCGCCAUAAUCACGGUGGACAGAUAG